CAGCAGAGUUUUCUGCAGUUUAGUUCGAUUUUGUUGAAAGUAGUUGAGAAGCAACCAUAAGCCGAAGCUGCUAUGUACGGUGGUCCGCGAAAGGAGGAAGGAGGUUGUUUUUCUGUAUUGUUGUAGGCGACGGCGAACUUUUGUCACACGAUGAGCAAUCUUGAUGCCCUGACGUCGAAUCUGGCCAAGCACGGUCAGGAGCAGUUACUCACCUAUUGGGAAGAGCUGGACGAGGAGCAGAGGCGACUUCUCACUGAAGAUAUAGAGGAACUGAACCUUGAAGAGGUGAACGAGUUCUUCAAACGUGCCACAUCGUCACUGGAAGAUGGCAAUGCUAAACUUGAUGAUAAGAUGGAGCCAGUGUGUGAGGAUAAGUUCCUCUCGAUUUCUAGGACUGAUGAGGAUCAAUUGAAAAAGUUUAAAGAGGAAGGAUUGAAACAAAUAUCUGAGAGUAAGGUGGGCGUCCUAUUAAUGGCUGGAGGACAAGGGACCAGGUUGGGGUUCGCUCACCCAAAAGGCAUGUUUAACGUAGGACUACCGUCCAAUAAAUCACUGUUUCGUAUCCAGGGUGAACGGAUUUUGAAGUUGCAGAGACUUGCUGCUGAACUGACGGGGAAUAGUGGGCGUAUUGCUUGGUACAUAAUGACCAGUGAGCACACCAUGAUUCCAACUAAGAAAUACUUUGAGCAGAAUAAUUACUUUGGACUGAACGCGGAAGACAUUAUAAUGUUUGAGCAAGGAAGCCUACCUUGCUAUGAUUUCGAUGGAAAAAUUUUAUUGGACGAAAAGCACCGAGUAUCAAAAGCGCCUGAUGGAAACGGUGGACUAUAUCGUGCUUUGCGCGAUCGCGGCAUUUUGGACGAUAUGGAAAGACGGGGAGUACUUUAUUUGCACGCCCAUAGUGUUGAUAACAUACUGAUAAAGGUUGCCGAUCCCGUCUCCAUUGGUUACUUUGUCGAGCAGAAAGCUGAUUGUGGAGCCAAAGUUGUAGAGAAGUCUCAUCCAAAUGAAGCCGUUGGCGUUGUUUGUCAAGUUGAUGGCAAAUAUCAAGUGGUUGAAUAUAGUGAAAUUACCCAGAAGACGGCCGAGUUGCGCAAAGAGGAUGGGCGAUUGGUUUUCAAUGCCGGUAAUAUUUGCAAUCACUUUUUCGCCACCAGUUUUUUGCGUAAAAUUGGAUCCACCUUUGAAAAGAAUCUCAAACUACACGUAGCUAAGAAGAAAAUUCCUUUCGUUGAUUCCACGGGAACUCGGUGCACUCCCGACAAACCAAAUGGUAUUAAGAUCGAAAAGUUUGUUUUCGAUGUGUUUGAAUUCGCAGAACACUUUGUCACGAUCGAAGUUCCUAGAGACGAAGAGUUUAGCGCCCUAAAGAAUGCGGACAGUGUUGGGAAGGAUUGUGCCAGCACUGCUCGUGCGGACAUCUACAGACUGCAUCGGAAGUAUAUCGAGGGAGCUGGUGGAACCAUAGAAGGUGAGGAGUGCGAAAUAUCUCCACUGUUGUCCUACGGAGGCGAAGGUUUGAAAGUGUUGGUCCAUGGGAAAUCUUUUGUAAGCCCGGUUUAUUUAAAGACCGACGAAGAGAACACAUCGAAUGGUAGGGAAUGACAAUUUAAAUUUAAAUAGCAUAAUGCUUAUAUUUUCCUUUAUUAUUGUAAAAGCACGUACUUUUCGACAGCAAGGCGAAUUAAAAUUUUAGGAAUUAAAACGUUUUAGAGUAUCAGACAAAAGCAUGGGUAGUGGAUUUUUUAUAAACAACUGAAAUAAUAAUGAGAAUCGAGGAUUUUCCUUAUAUUCAACUUCACUAGUAGAUUGCAAUUCCGCUCCAUAAAAAUCCCUUAAGACUUUAAAAAAUAUAGGUAGCUAAGGAUCGAUAAACAUGUUUAGCUUUUAUUCCUUUCAAAUUCAUGAAAAUUACUUUUAAUUGAUUUGGUUCAAAACCUUUGCUUAUGAUUGAGUCCGUACAAAAAAGCCUAAUAACCGAUCAUUAUUGAGUGCAAUGGAACGGCACAUAAAGUGCAAACCACGAACAAACUAGUUUUCGAAACAAAAUCGCAUCAGCAUCUCUUGGAAAAUUCGAACGAGCUGCUGCAAACAAGACCAUUCCUUUUUGUUAGGUGUGACUAUUCGUAUGCUGGCAUCACAUAAUCCACUGUGAGAGAAGGGCGAAACCCGAAUCGAAGUCUAAGCUAUUGGAAAGGUUGCGCUGUGAGUUUUUCGCUCGUUGCAGCAGAAAUACCGGUUCAAUUGAAAGUGAUCGAACAGCUUCCCGUUGGCCUUGAUGCAAGCCACAUGGUUAUACGUGAACGAAUAGAGAAUGUGGCUGCCGGCAUACCUACUUAUAAAUGUCAUGUAUGCCCUGCGAUCUGCAUCAAAAAUAUUUGAGUUCUAAAAUAGUAAUAAAUCAAUUAUACUGCA